AUGACCGAAAGGAAAGAUACCAAUCCAUUUAAUACGGAGGGUUCUACGCCUCCUCACCUUCCAGCCAGCGUAUAUCAACCAAAUCCAUUUCCUAUAAACCCAGCGGAAGGUAAUCCUUGGGCAGGCACAACGAACGAACAACCUUAUCAAAAACCUCCACAGCAAGGACAUGUUAAUGCUUAUGAUAACACAUCAUCUUCAUAUGGACACAGUUAUAAUACUUCGGAUCAGUCCAAUUAUUCUACAUACACCAUGCAAAUGCCAACCCCGUCUGUAAAUUAUAACAUAAAUAAUUCAUCUCCUUACGGUUAUUCCAAUUCUGCUUAUAAUCAGAACGCCUAUGCACCAACUUAUGAUACCAAUGCUUAUAGCACAAAUGCAUAUAAUCCUAAUCCUAAUGAAUACAGUAAUACAAAUGUUAAUCAUGGUGUUGAUGCUUCUGAGCAUGACGGUCAUGUUAAAAGUGAACGAGAAGACUCGUAUGAUGAAAAUACUACCGAAUUGGAUGGUUCUGUCACGGCUGCCAAUCCUGGAAUAGAAACUCAUGAUCCUGACAAAUUGAAUAUUUCCAACGGUACAAUUAAAGCAUCUUUGAAUGGCACUCCUAAUAAAUGGAGACUUUUAUCUAGGUUUAUUCAAUUUAUUGCUAGCGUUGGCGCCUUGGCGUUUAUCAUUGGAGCUCCCGUCGCUUCUCAUGUAUCAACGCCGAGUACAGCUAAUAACACAGCAAUCAUUUUCCUUCACAUCGUUUCAAUCGUUUCGAUUAUUUAUUCAUUCAGUCAUUUGGUAUUUUAUUGUCUGCGUCGUUGGCGUCAUAAAAAUAAGGCACCAAGAUGGUCGUUAUUGCUUGUCGAUAUCGUACUUGGGGUAAGUUUUGGCACUUUAAUGGUAUUUCUAAUUAAAGAUUUUCGAUGCUCUCCUGGAAAGUUGAAUGGAUG